AAAAAAAAUAACGGCGAAGAUUCUAAGAAGCGCGAAAUAGGUGUAUGUUAUUAAUUUAGUUUUUUUACUUUAAUGCAAAUUACAAAUUAUAUUAUCUUUCCGAGAAUCACAAACCAAAGAUGUCUAAGGAUAUUCGAUCGUUUUUCAAGCCUCAGAAAGUGAAAAAACCAAUAGCAGAAGAUGAUGUUGACGUUGUACCAGAAUCUCCUGAUGUUGAAAUUAAGAUUAAGAAAAGAGAAAAUAGAAAGAAACGAGUGUUGAGUGACUCGGAGGAAGAAAUAUUUUCUACAAAGAAGAAAAAGUCAAAUGAAGAUAGUCAUAAGACAUCACUGAAAUCCAAACACAAGGCCCUUGCUAAAACAGAACUCAAAGAAGUUAAAGCAGCUGACAUCUUUGGCAGUGGACCCAUUAAAAGAACAGAGCCAAAUGUAAAAUCAGUCCAAAAGAAAACUGAAACUGGUAUUCAUUCGGAUGAUGAUUUUGAUAAAAGUCUUUUGGAACUUGAUAGUACUGAUGAAUUAGCUUUGAAUCAUAUUAAAAAGGAAACUACCCCUGUUAAAUCUCACAUUGACAAAUCAAACAUAACCCCAAAUUCAACAAAAACUAAUACUGAUACCAAAAAGAACAACUCACUGGAAGUGAAAACUUUAAAUGGAAAUGGGAGUUUGUCUGCAGAAAGCCUUGAAUCAGAAUCUGUUUCACCAAAAGCAAAAAAGAGACACCUUGAUUUAACAUCAGGGAAUACACAUGAAUCAAAGCAAAAUAAAAUCACCAAAUCAAAGCAACAUGUUAAUAAGUCAAAGGCGAGUAAUAGUACAAAUGAAAAUGCAUCCCCAAAUGACAAUGAUAUUUUUGAAGCAACAGACUUUGAACUAGAUUCAAGCCAAGUAAAAAGCAAUAAGAAAUUUGAGAAGAGCCUAAAUGAGUCUGUUCUUACUGAUGAAGAAAGAUAUGAACGUAAACGACAUUCUGCAGCUUUGUACCAAAAGUAUUUGAACAGGUCUGGACCUAAACAUUUGGGAGCUAAAACCAUUCCUGAGGGUACACCAAAUUGCUUAAAAGAUUGUGCCUUUUUGUUAACUGGGGUGUUGGACUCCUUUGAAAGAGAUGAGGUCGCUGAAGCUAUUACGAAACUGGGUGGAACUAUCAAAAACUCUAUCAGUAAAAAGGUAACACACGUCUUGGCUGGAGAGGACGCGGGUCCGGCGAAAAUAGCGAAGGCUCAAGACCUAGGCAUUAAAAUUAUAAACGAAAAUGAGUUUCUGGAAUUGAUAGUGGCUUUGUCCAAGGGAAACACGACUGAGAAGAUUAAAAGCAAAGAUGAUAUCAAAAAAGAACAAAAUUCCAUUCCGAAAUCAAAUAAGGGAAAGCAUCAUACAGUAAAUAAAAAUAAUCAUAAAUCUGACACCAGUACAAGCAAUGAGAAAUCUGUGAAAGAUAAAACUAGCCCAAAAGUUAAAAAUAUCAAAAGCGAAAUUGUAGAUGUAAAAGUAAAAAAAAUGGAGGCAGAUAACAAUGAAAACAAGACUACUGACCUGGAAAGAAAACCCAAAUUAAGUACGAAUAAAAUACCUGAAAGUAAUAUAAAAAUGAAUUCUACUAAUGAUUUACAGGUCAGCUCGAGUACAAAACCGGCAACUGUUUCGGUGCAGUCUGCAAUGUGGGUGGAAAAAUAUAAACCACAAUCACUCAAGCAAAUUAUUGGUCAACAUGGGGAAGCUAGCAACGUUAAAAAACUAUGCAACUGGCUUAGUAAGUGGUACGUGAAUAGAAAAGCGAAAUUACCAAAACCUAGUCCGUGGGCGAAAAACGAUGACGGAGGAUAUUAUAAAGCAGCUUUGCUGUCGGGACCGCCAGGCGUUGGUAAGACGACGACGGUGACAUUGGUGUGCAAAGAGCUCGGGUUCGACGUGGUGGAGUUCAACGCCUCCGACACCAGGAACAAGUCCCUAAUAAAGGAACAGAUCGGCGAGUUGUUGACCACUACUUCCCUUUCCGGAUAUGCCAAGGGAAUGACAGGCAAGCAAGCUGUUUCAAAGAAACAUGUUUUAGUAAUGGACGAAGUUGACGGUAUGGCUGGCAACGAAGAUAGAGGCGGUCUUCAAGAGUUGAUAAGUCUCAUAAAGUCAGCAUCCGUACCCAUCAUAUGCAUGUGCAAUGAUAGAACCAGCCAGAAAAUGAGAUCUCUCGUGAAUUAUUGCUACGAUUUGAGAUUCAACAGGCCUCGAGUUGAUCAAAUAAAGGCGGCGAUGAUGUCGGUGUGCUGCAAGGAGGGCAUCAAAGUGCCGGGCGAGGCGCUGUCGCAGCUGAUCGUGGCCGCCAACCAGGACGUGCGCCAGACGCUCAACCUGCUCUCCAUGUGGGCCGUGGACCGCGACCGCGCCGACGCCGACCGCCUCGCGAGAGACGCCUCGCAGACUAAAAAGGAUAUCAAACUGGGGCCUUGGGAAGCCAUACGCAAGGUGUUCUCUGCGGAGGAACAUAAGAGCAUGAGCAUUCACGACAAAAGUGAUCUGUUCUUCUACGACUACAGCCUCGCGCCGCUGUUCGUGCAGGAGAACUACCUGCAGGUCGCGCCGCACUGCCCGAAGCAUGAGGUGUUGGAGCGGCUCAGCAGGGCUGCCGACAGCAUCAGCGUCGGAGACCUCGUCGAGGCGAGGAUUCGCGGCAGCCAGGCCUGGAGCCUUCUUCCUAUGCAGGCGAUGUACAGUUCAGUGAUCCCCGGGCACGCGAUGGCGGGCCACGUGACCGGCCAGAUACAGUUCCCGGGCUGGCUCGGCAAGAACUCGCGCAAGAACAAGAUGCACCGUCUCUGCCAGGAGAUCCACGCCCACACUAGGCUCAGCACGUCCGGUUCGAAGUCGUCUAUAUUCCUGGACUACUGCACGCACCUGCGCGACGCCAUAGUGACGCCGCUCAUCCGAGACAAGAGCGACGGCAUCGCGCACUCCCUGCAAGUGCUCGAGGCGUACCAUCUCUUGAGAGACGAUUUGGAAUCCUUGACUGAACUGUCGCUAUGGCCCGGCCAAAGGAAUCCAAUGAUUCUAAUAGAUUCGAAGGUAAAAGCGGCAAUGACCCGCACGUACAACAAGAAAGCGAUGGCGCUGCCGUACGCGCCGGGGCAGGUAAAGCGCGCGCGCGCCGCUGACGCCGACGACGGCGCGCCCGCCGAAGACGACGCCGACGUCGACGCCGACCACGAGCAAGAUGACAGCGACCCCGAGAAUGACCUUCUCAUUAAGAAAAAAAAGAACAAUGAGAAAACCGGAUGUAAAAAAGAUGAAGCUGGUACUAGCAAAGACAAGCCUAGCUCGAGCAAAGGCAAGGGAAAGAAGAAGUAGUUAACUGCAGUAAACACUCCAUUGUCCCACCUGAUAAUCCGCCCAUUCCAGCAAUAUGAUACAAUGUAUUUCGGGUCUAUAACUAUCAAGAUCUAUUUUACUAUUGACCACUAGCAGCUAGUUCAUGAAGUAGUUGUGCAUCUUACUCAAUCAAUGUAUCUUUGCUAAGAUUUACCUGUUAAGAAGUGGAGCCACCCAAAUUUUUUAUGUAAGUAUGUUGUUUCAGCUUCAGCGACGGCUGCGGUUUAUUAACCUCAAAAAGCAGUGUUCUGUUUAAGUUUAGGUCCUAAAGUCACGUUUGGUAUCAUUGUAAACUAAAUCAAAGAUGUAGACCAUACCAAAUUUCAUCUAAAUCGGUUCAGCGGUUAUUGAUUCCCCAUACAAACUUCCACACCCUUAAAGGAUGAUUUGUAUUGUAGGAUAAAACUAUCCUGCCCUUUCCCGGGACUUGAACUAUCUAUAAAAAAACUAUAACUAAAUACGGAAUAUUACGCGAAAUUCUGUGUAGGCGGCGCCACUACCACAAUCCAUCACAAUUCGAGGAUCUCCCGCGAAACAAGAAAAUCGAAAUUUCGUUAUCUAACCUCUCGAUCACUCUUGUAAAUUCGAGCGAUAAUGAGGCAGAUAACUUAAUUUCGAUUUUCGCGUUUGCUGGUAGGCUCUUUGUAAACAAACCGCCUUGAUGCAUGGUGAAAACUUGUCGAAAAACUGUUUAAUGCCUAAUAUGUAUAAUAUUUACUCAAUGGUAUGUAGAUUGCUCGAGAAACUGUUUUAAUUUUUUUAUUUAAUAUUUAAUACCUUUAAAAUUAUAUAUAAUGUUACGUGAUCGCUUUUUCCCGUUUUCCGAACAUGAGGCGCGGAGGGCUGUUGUCAGCGUUGAAUAAAAAGUAAAAAUAUGGAGAAUACAGUUCUGCAAAUAUAGAAUGUUAUAUUGGAAAUAUCCUCCUCUUUUAUAAUAUUAAUUUUGGUUUCUUAAAUAUUAAUACUUUUUGAGAUAUUGGGGAAAUAAAAUAUAUUUACUUUUUCCCUCCUUUUUUGUUUACAACUUUUGAUAUUGUUUGUGUUCUAAUACACGCUUCCAUAGACUAGGAAUCCUCUAGACCGAGUUUAGAACUUUAGAGCAAUUAUUUCAUGCAACCGAUGAUGCCAAAAAUGCGGGGGCGCGCGGGACGAGGUGAGCGAAGUCCCGUGCCGUGAUUGGUCCGUUCAAAGACAGGGACGUCACACAAAGACACUUUCGACUCGAACAUGGAGUAAAAUUACCGUAUGGGUGGCAGAGGGGGUAGCGCGACUAUGCUCAGUCUGGAGGAUGUUUUGUCUGUGCACGCUUCGAAUACAUUUUUCUAGGCAUUAAGACGAAUCUAAUGAGGUAUCACACGUAUUUUUAGGAGCAGUAUCUCUAUUUUUCACCGUUUUCUGUUUCUCGAGUAGUCUAAUGCUUUUGGUGCACAUUUUGUGUUGCUUAGUUCGGUAAAAUCGUUAGUGGCCAGCUUAAUAAUGUUAUAAAUACAGCAACAAAUAUUGUACAGUGAUCGCCACAGCUUGACAAAUCACUGGCCCAAUAUUACAGGGUUCUAUUCUAUGUUACAUUUUCAAGAUUUCGACUUGUUUUCAAGAUGUCACUUUGACAAUGUUCAAAUUUCAGUUUGAUAUAAGUAUAACAUAGAACCCUGUAAUAUUGAGGCCGGCGAAAAUUCAAUAAAUGUUAUUAAUAUUAUUGUAAAAAAAUCGUGUUUAGUUAUUUUGGUUAUGAGUUGUCUGUAUGAGUAUGUAUGUACCUACAUUUGUGUAAAUCCUAACUGUAAUUGUGUACUUAUUGAUUGAUUACUACUGGUUUUUAAGUAAUAAAACUAAGCAUCAUUUUAUUGCGUUUUAUGUUAUUAAGUACAGUUAACGGUUUUGUACAUACAUGCAAAUCAACUUUGGUCAAUCGCAA